AUGUCGCAGCCGCCGCCGCAGCCGCCGGCGCAGGCGCCGCCGCCGGCGGCGCCGGCGCAGCCGCAGGUGGCGAAGGGCAUGCUCCCGCGGCGCCUCGGCAUCGCCGCGCCGCCGCCCGGCGGCGCGCCCGAGGGGCCCGGCGGCCUCCAGCGGCCGGGCGACGCCCUGAUGACGUCGUCGCCCUACCUCAAGUCCGUGGACUCGCCGAACCUGAGCGCGCUCUCCGCCGUGGCGACGCAGGCCGACUCGUCGCCGGCCUACGGCACGCAGACGACCGCGCGUCCCGCGGCGCCCCGACGCGCCGCGCCGCGCGCCGCCCGACCGUUCGAACGCGCGCAGGCGCCGCUCAAGGCCGCGCCGACGGCCGCGUCCGGGCCGAGCCUGCGGCGCAUCUCGAGCCACGAGCAGCUCACGGCGACGGCGCGCGCGCCGCGUCCUCUUUAUGUCGCCGGGGACGCGAAACGCGCGUUUCGUACGCAGGCGGCGGCCGUCGCGGCGCUCUCGUCGCCGCGCGGCGCGGAGCCGCGGGACCUGAGCCUGCCCGCGGCGUCGGGCGGCCUCCCGCCCCGCCCGCCGCCCGGGGCCCUCGCGCGCGGCGCGCCGAAGCGGGCGCGCGCCGACGACGACAGCGACGACGGCGGCGGCGGCGGCGGCGACGGCGACAGCGAGAAGCAGCGCAAGGACAUCCGCCGCGAGCGGAACCGCGAGCACGCGCGCAUCUCCCGCGAGCGCAAGCGCCAGAAGCUCGAGCACCUCCAGGAGGAGAACGACGCGCUCCGCCGCAAGGAGCAGGUCCUCGUCGACGAGCGCGACCGGCUCCGGGAGCGGCUCAGCACCGUCGAGCACGAGAACAGCCAGCUCCGCACCUGGAUCCGCACGAACUCGGGCGACGACGCCGAGCCGCCGCCGCCGCCGGAGACGAUCUCCUGA